AUGACAUACCGCCACCGCUCGACGUCUUCAGAACGAGACGUGGACUCGGGAUACUCCAGCGGCGAGUCCUCCACUGUCCUACCUGAGGUCUACUUCUCGCGACAACACCUUAAAUUCCUCAACUCGCAACUAGCCAAGCUCGACCCUCGAGAUGUCCUCAGAUGGUGCAUGACGUCGCUGCCUGCACUCUACCAAACAUCAGCAUUCGGCCUGACCGGUCUCGCCAUGAUGGACAUGGUCGACAAACUCGACUUCCCACUAAGAUCCAACAUCGAGCUCAUCUUCAUCGACACACUCUACCACUUCCCGCAGACCAUGGACCUGGUCGAGCGAGUCAAGGAGCGCUACCCUCGGCUGAAGAUCCACACUUUCAAGCCUGAAGGCUGCGACACAACAUCCGACUUCGAAGCAAAGCACGGCGACGAGCUGUGGAAGAAGAACGAAGAACUCUACGACUUUUCCGCCAAAGUCGAGCCCGCACAGCGCGCCUACUCCGAGCUCAAAGUUAAGGCCGUCAUGACUGGCCGUCGAAAGUCGCAAGGCGGCAAGCGAGGCGAGCUGGAGAUCCUCGAGUUCGAAGAGGAGACUGGAGUCAUAAAAGUCAACCCUCUCGCCAACUGGUCGUUCAAGGAAGUGCAGGCGUACAUCAAGGAGAACAAUGUCCCCACCAACGACCUGUUGGACCAAGGUUACCGGUCUGUGGGUGACUGGCACUCGACUGAGCCGGUGACUGACAGCGAAGACGAGCGUGCCGGCAGGUGGAAGGGCAGGAACAAGACCGAGUGUGGGAUUCACAACAAGAGGUCGCGGUAUGCCAUGUACCUUGCCGAGCAGGAGCAGCAGCGGCAGAAGGAGUUGAGUGAAGCUAUCAAUGGCGGGUUAGGGAUCGAGGCGUCUUCGUGA